AGUUCCCUUUUGACCACCUGAUGAUGGACUUUGUGGAACUGACUCCUGCAGAGGGUAAGAAAUACUGCCUGGUGGUUGUUGACAUGUUUUCCAAAUGGGUGGAGGCUUUUCCCACCAAACAUGCGGACAGCGGAGCGGUAGCCAAAGCACUCCUGACUGAAAUCAUUCCGAGGUGGGGCAUUCCCACCAGAAUCACGAGUGAUAACGGAACCCAUUUUGUAAAUAAGGCGCUGACGGAGGUCAGCAACAGAUUGGGGUUCCAGUUACGCACACACUGCUCUUAUCAUCCACAGUCUGGAGGAGCAGUGGAAAGAGAAAAUGGCACUUUGAAGGCCAAGCUGGCUAAAUGUUGUGAGGACACGGGCCUUUCGUGGCCUAAAGCUCUUCCUCUUGUGCUGAUGGCCAUGCGCAUGCGUCCGAGAGCCAGAACAGGUCUCAGUCCAUUUGAGACACUGUUCGCGCGCCCGCGUCAGACAGGCUUGGAGCCUCCGCGCUGGCAAACCUUGUCUACUGAUAUGUGUGACAGCAGCAUGGUGUCUUAUUGUGCCGAUCUCUCCAAGACUCUGUUUCAGAUCAGGCAGACCGUGAAGGAGGCUCUUCCGCGCCCGGCUGAAGGCCCUCUACACCGACUGAACCCAGGGGACUGGAUCCUGGUGAAGGACUUCCGCAGGAAGCACUGGAAAGCCAGACGGUGGCUCGGUCCGUUCCAAGUCCUGCUGGUGACUCACACUGCCAUGAAGGUAGCAGAGCGAGCUACCUGGAUCCACGCGAGUCACUGUAAGCUCCUUACGGUGCCACCGCCGGCUCCGACAGCUGAUCUCCCAGCCACAGGGCAGAAUAAUCCCUGA